CUCCCAUCAUGCAUUCUCUCUUGCAUCCUGCUUCACUCCAACAGGAUGGCUCAGAUGAGUACCAUCAUGGAUCUUCUAAGAUCAUGAUUAAAAUCUGAACACACCAAAUUUGAUGCAAUAAGUUCUUUGAGGAAUAUUGAGAAUCGUUUGCAUGCAAAAUGGGAGAAUUUGGUAAAGAAAGAUUACAUUCUGUCAUCAUCAACAAGCACCGAAAUGGACCAGUCACCAGCAAGUCAAAGGUUCAAGCAUCUUCUACCAUGGAAACACAUCUUCAUGAAAAAGCCCAUUUUGGCAAGGUUUCAGCUGUUGUGAGUUCACGAACUCAUUCGCGCUGCAAUACCUGUCUAGAAAACAAAAACAACAGUUGCCAAACAGUUCGUUCAAGAACCAAACUGAUGAAGAUCUUGAUCGAGAGAAAAAAGCCACAAGAAGUCCAAUCAAUUAUGAAAGAUUUAAUCGAAGACGGCCACAUACCCACUCUUGUCACGUACACAACUCUCUUAGCCGCUUUAACACUUCAGAAGCGUUUCAAUUCCAUUCCUUCCCUCCUCUCCAAAGUGGAAGCAAAUGGCUUAAAACCCGAUUCCAUUUUCUUCAACGCCAUGAUCAACGCCUUCUCCGAAUCUGGAAACAUCAAGGAAGCCAUGAAAAUGUACAAGAAAAUGAAGGAUAGUGGAUGUAAACCUACAACAAGCACUUUAAACACCUUAGUUAAAGGACUCGGGAUCAUAGGUAAACCUGAGGAAUGUAUGAAACUGUUGGAGAUGAUGACAGUAGAAGAGAAAGUGAAACCCAAUGACAGAACUUUUAAUAUCAUUGCUCAAGCUUGGUGCAGUCAGAAGAACAUCACAGAAGCUUGGAAUGUUGCUCAGAAAAUGGUUGCAUUUGGUAUAAAGCCCGAUGUCGUGACCUAUAACACGAUAGCAAAAGCUUAUGCUUUGAAUGGAGAAACAUAUAGAGCCGAAGAGAUGAUAUUUCAGAUGCAGAAUAACAAAGUGGCUCCAAAUAAACGAACUUGUGGGAUUAUAGUAAAUGGGUAUUGUAGAGAAGGUAAUAUGAUGGACGCUGUGAGAUUUAUAUACCGAAUGAAGGAUCUUGGAGUGCUCCCAAAUGAUGUCGUCUUCAAUUCGCUUAUCAAAGGGUUCCUUGAUGAUGCGGAUUCAGAUGGAGUUGAUGAGGCACUAGAGUUGAUGGAGGAAUUUGGGGUGAAACCAGAUGUGAUUACAUUCAGCACCAUUAUGAAUGCAUGGAGUUCAGUAGGAUUAAUGGACAAAUGUCAAGAUAUCUUUGAUGACAUGAUCAAGGCUGGGAUUGAACCAGAUAUUCAUGUAUUCAGUAUCUUGGCCAAGGGCUAUGUCCGAUCCGGUGAACCCGAGAAAACCAAAGGAAUUUUGCAAGUUAUGAAGGCAUCAAACGUAAGCCCAAAUGUAGUCAUCUAUACUACAAUCAUUAGUGGAUGGUGCAGUGCAGGGAAGAUGGAUCAUGCCAUGGAGGUUUUUGAUGAAAUGGGCAAAAUGGGUAUUUCACCUAAUUUGAAAACAUUUGAAACUCUGAUUUGGGGUUAUGGAGAAGCAAGACAGCCAUGGAAAGCUGAAGAGUUGCUACAGAUCAUGGAAGAGAAGGGGAUCAUUCCACAGAAGAACACUGUCGAACUUGUUGCAGAGGCAUGGCGUGCCAUUGGUGUUGAUAACGAAGUUAAGAGGAUUACAGAUCCUAUUGAAGAAGAUGACGAGAAUGAUGAUGAUGAAAUUGCUGAUUCAGGUAUAAAGUCAAGAAGCAGAAUCGUUGUAGAAAGGUCAAAAUUUUCACCAGAAAGCUUCAGUAGUGGCACAAGAAAGUCCAUAUUGUUAGCCCAUACUUGUCGAUUUGGGGUGAAACCCAUGUCAGUGUUUCAAAAGCAGGUGCAAGUUAAGAUGCAGGUUGCAUUUUAUGGGCACAUGAACACUUGCAAACUGGUGUUUUGAGGAUUACAGGACAGCAAACUGUGGAUAUGAAGCAAAAACCUUUUGAAGUUACAAAAAGAUUGCAUACAAAUUUCAGAAGCUGAUUUAUGGGGUUACCAAGAGUUUGUAAUCAAAAUACUGUGUAAUUUCUGUUCAAAAACAUGCAUCUAGAUUCACAGGCAGGCACAAACAUUACAUUUCGACCUCA